UUGUGAAAUGCGUUUUAGGAGCCGUGUUUGUCGAGACAUAACAGAAGAAACGUGAGUACCCGCCUGUGCGUGUUUUCCGUCUUUGUGCGGUUUGAGACGAGCAGAGACGGCAGCUGCAUAAGGGCGCUGCCGCUUCUUGGAAACUGGUUGGCACAGUCGCAUUUACAUCAACUGGCCGCUAUCAGUACAGACACAGCACGCACGAUAAACAACAGACAGCCGUUCAGUCGUGAGAAGGAGGAUGUAAGAAUUCGGUUUAAGGAGGGAUAGCUUUUGGAUAACUUGUGAGCUCUCAUGUCAACAAGUACAGAGGAUACACUCAGUGCACACGCUGCUUUACAUGUGGACAAAGUACGCUAUGCCAUUUUAACAGUCAUGUAUGCACUGCUGUGCGUCCCGUGCCGAGCAGAGCUGAGGCUGGUGGUGCUGGGCCGGGCGGGGGCAGGAAAGAGAUCAGCAGUCUGCACCAUCCUGGGCCUGCAAGACUGCCAGCAGGGCACAGACACCGCCCUCAUCCAGGAGUGCAGCAAACAUAAAGGAGAAGCUGCAGGCAGACAGGUGGUGGUAGUCUCCAGUCCCGCCUGGUUUGGCUCAGGCUGCGACCCAAAGGAAAGAAGAAGACUCAUAUCCUCCUUUAUCGCUUUAUCCAGCCCUGGACCACAUGCCUUCCUGCUGUGUGUCCCCGUGAACCAACCAGCUGACGGAGAGACCAAGGCCCUGGAUGUCUUGACGGAGCUGUUUGGCCCCUCUGCAGUCAGUACGAACACCAUCAUACUCUUCACCCACACAGAGGAGCUGGAGGAGGACGAGUCAUUGGAGGAAUACCUUGCCACAUGGCGCAAGGACCUUCAGGAGCUGGUGAAAAGAUGUGGUGACCGCUACCACACCCUGGAAACCCGAAAUGGAGAACCAGCAGAGAGGAAGGCUGUUGAGGAGCUGCUGGAGAAGGUGGAGAGCGGGACACAACACUUUAGCUGUCCCCUGUACCAGGAGGCUGAGGAAAGGGUGAGAGAGAGGCAGGUAGAGAUAGCCAGACAGAAGAGAGGAAAGGAGUUCAACGAUCAGGUGUCCCCGGAAGACUCGCCACCACAGGAGACUGUGACGGAAGAGGAAAUGGAAGCAGUCCGAGAAGAGGCAGAGAGGAGCGUCGAUGACCUCAAUGUGGAUGUAGAUAACAUUUUCCCCUGUGACAGUGUCUCACCUCCAUCCUCUGCUUCCUCUUUUCUCUGGGGCUUGUGGGAGAAGGUGACAGGCUGGGUGAGGUGGCUGCCCACUCUCGUGAGAAGGGAGGCCCUGCUGGGAGCACUGGUCGGCCUGUUUGUGGGAGGGCCCUUUGGAGGUAUGAUGGGGGCCACUGUGGGAUCGGUGGCUACUGAGGUGCAGAGAAGAAAAAAGCAGAAAACAAAUUAAGAGAAAAUCUCCUAUUGAUGUAUCACGCCUUAAGUUGCACUUUAAAGUCAUUUCACUGCGUUCAGCACACAAUUGUAUUACUGAGCUAUUUGCUUACCCACUACAACUUGUAUGUAGGCUUUACCACUGAGCACAAGUGCUUGUUUUCUAUUUCAGAAUGGGCACCACUCUCUAAUGAAUCAUACUAUAUUAUUUAAUAGCUUUAGUAGUGAUUAUUUCACAAAUCAGUAACAACUAUCGGGUUGCCAUGUUUGAAAAGUCCCUUUGGCAGGUGUUUCUCUAAUACAGUUAAGGUUUUUUAGCUAGCUUAGUAAUUCAUCUUAGUGGUUUAACUUACUCAGUUACUGAACAAGUUAUCAAUGUUAAACAUUAAUUCAGUCAUGUUCCGCUGCAAUACACCAUUAAGACUGCAGACGUAAACCUGCAACAGCUGAUUUUUCCCAUUUAAACAUAAAGCAGAAUUGUACCAACGUGAGCAUUUGUGGUUGUGUUUCUGCCCACCUAAUUAACAUAUGUCCAGUAUUCAUUCACUGCUCAGCUCCACCAACACCCUGAGGGAAAUAUCUGACUCACCGGUGACGGUGAACCAAAACAAUGAGCUGAAAAACACACCAACAUGGAUUAUUACUGAUCAAUAAAGAAACAGUGCAUUAAUUAUUAACCAUUCAAAUCUUAUCAGUAUCAACUUUUACACCCCUUUAAGAAAGUGGCAAUGCAGAUGGGAAAAUAACACUUUUAUAAAGAAGCAAUACUGAGAAGCGUCCACAUGGUGGAGACAUUGACCUUUAUAUUGUUGAGUUUGAAAGUCUGAGGUGAACUGAGCGAUAUUUAUUUACUGCUUACCAUCCAAAUAAAAGCUGCUGUUUUAAGUACA